AUGGCUGCUCAAAAAUCUUUCAAGAUUAAGCAAAGAUUAGCUAAGGCUAAGAAGCAAAACAGACCAUUACCACAAUGGGUCAGAUUAAGAACCAACAACACUAUCCGUUACAACGCUAAGAGAAGAAACUGGAGAAGAACUAAGAUGAACAUCUAA